GUGAAAAUGGCGACAGCAGCGCUUCUUUCAACAAGGGUAUCUACUCUGAUGAUGUCAGCACUGUGGCUGAAGUUUGUACCGGAAUGAAAAUGGUAUAAAAAAUAGAUACAGUAUUCAGUGACGAGAGAAGCAGUUCGUGACUACUGAGAGUAGAGGUUCUUGAGUGCUGAAUUGUCCUUCUCACCGACCCCCGCAACGUAUUCCCAUUCCCAUUUUGAAUUUGAUCACGAAAAUGAAAGGGGCGCAGGGCACUCGAGCAGGUCCUAAUGACGAACAAAAGGCACAUUUUUCCAUAGUUCAUAGGGGCUGUCCGAAUGCGAAAGCGCACGGCGCACGAUCUAUCACCAAAUUUAGAGAAAAAUUGCAAUAAUAGAAGAUAUGGUCGCGGGAGCAGGAGUUUCCACUGCAGCAGGUGGCCGCGCAACUUCCACAGCAGCUUCGUUGGUCUACGUUUUCUGUGCCAGCUAUGGAGUAGUGUCGUUUUGCACCACGCUGAUACAGAAGAUACCGUCGCUAUCGCAGGCGCUCGCGUCGCUGUGCAGGACUAACCCCUAUUGCAACAACGUCUUCUAUGUCGCAGAUCUAGGUCAAAGAGAUCUGGCUCUUUUCGUGACGCAGUUUGUCUGCACGUUUCUCUGUUUUGCGUUGGCACACGUAUGUUUGUCAACAUCAUCUACUUGUUCGACCGGAGGAAAUGAUCAAAUACAGACAACAUCACGAGGGCUCCUGUACUCGAACAAGAAUAGUACAUCUUCCUAUUUUCGUGACGGGACAGAAGAUCAGCACACGAUCUUCAAGCGGAAUGAAGGGCCAGACGAAGGCGACUGUUCCGAACCUUCAACUCAAGCUACAGAAAGCGAAUUCGAGGGCACUAGGAGUCGAAAAUCUGCGAAUGGUGUUGAGGCUAACAGUGACAAACGUGGCAUUGUAGUUGUUCUCUCCCUAGUAAGCGGAGAAGAUGGCAUUGUAGUUGUUCUCUCCCUAGUAAGCGGAGAAGAUGGCAUUGUAGUUGUUCUCUCCCUAGUAAGCGGAGAAGAUGGCAUUGUAGUUGUUCUCUCCCUAGUAAGCGGAGAACAUGGCAUUGUAGUUGUUCUCUCCCUAGUAAGCGGAGAAGUAGUAGUAGGAGUAGUAGUCAGGAACCACGACACUAUACAACAGGGACAAAGAACCUCUAAUUCUGUCCUCAAACACUUAGUACUAUUAUGUUGAUCUUCUAAUAUCAAUGGAGGCGUCCCAGCACACGAAGUCGCGGACUUGUCCUCUACUAGUCCAUCGUCUCGUCCUUCGUCACGUGUGGCGCAAAAACUCUUUAUGGAUGGCGCAUUCGAUUUGACACACUACGGCCACUUCAAUGCUCUGCGGAUUGGGAAGAGCCUAGGGAAUUACCUCUGCGUCGGGGUCAACUCAAGUGAAAGCAUAGAGGAGAGCAAGGUAUAUUUCUUGCUUUAUAUUGGAGAGUCUGAACGGGCAAGCACAUCACAGAUGAUGAAUGCCUCCAAUAGGAUUCCAUGUAACUACAUGAUGAGCCAUCUCGAUCAUCUCAUUGAGUAUUAAUAUCCAUAUUACCAUAUUACGCACAGGGUUUCGCCCCCGUCCUGACCGAUGAAGAGAGGUGUAUUGCCAUUGAGGGUUGUCGUUUCGUGGACGAAAUCAUACCUCAGAGUCCGUAUGUGAUGACAAAGGAGUAUAUGCACGACCUGGUGAAGACUAAGCAAAUAGACUACUUCAUACACGGAAGUGAUCCCUGCAUCGUCGACGGAGAAGAUGUGUAUAAGGAGUUAUGGGUUGGUGGCCUAAUCAGAUUUGGUGAUCGACGCUUUGUGAAGAAGUAUCCGAAUCUUUUUGUGGUAUUUCGAAAAGUUGUCAUACUCGCAACUACUACGUAAUAUUAAAUUCAUUCUAAGUCUACUUACUUAUGUUCCUCCUAGUAGUACGUACUCGAAGCCCUCUAAUCACAGCGCGAAAAAUGGGUCGUUUCAAGGAGAUUCCUCGUACUACAGGCAUCUCUACCACGGAUAUGGUAGGACGGAUGCUCUUGUAUGGACAGACUUCUUCAAAGAAGGAAAGUAAAUCGAGUAGAAAGUGUGGUAUGUCGAAGUCUAGUAGAGGCGGUGCGAGUAGUGGUCCUUCGUCUCCGGAUCUAGACGACGAUGACUGCUCCCAGAGGUCGUAUAGUAAAAUGACGGCACAGCAGAAAUCUGCGGCUACGCUGGCGAGUUAUGAGGUGUACUAAGCAAUGAUCAUGAAGGACAAGAUGAAGUUGAAAACCACGAAGAUCAACAUCUAGUACAGUCAAUGUUGAUCCUCUCUAACCUCUCGGCGAGCAUCCUGGUGAGCAGCGAUUUUAUUCGACCACGGCAAUGCUGAGAGCGUUUUCUGAACAUUGUCGGUCGCCGAAUGCUGGAGAAAAAGUGGCCUAUUUCCCGGGAUCAUGGGACAUGUUCAACGCUACGCAUAUCCUAGCUAUGAAGCAAGCAAAAGAAGCACUCGGAUGCGAUUACCUACUCGUUGGUACUGAUGUGCUCCUGGAAUUUGCUUUAUUUUCGUUUGAUAUUUUCUUUCAGGAUCCGUGACGAGAUGAAGAUGCUCGAAGUAUGGAUGAACUACUUGAAUGGUUAUAGUUUUUUAGGAGCAUAGAACAUGAAAUAAACAAGGACCACAAGCACAACCGCAACUGACGUAAUUUAUGAACUGUAACUUUUCUACCGAUAGGCGUUUAUUCCGACGCCGUUGCCACAGAGGUAGACUCAGAAGCACCCCUGCUUAGUUUCUACGAGCGCAUGCUGUCGGUGUUAGGGUGCAAGUAUACCGACGACAUCAUCGUACCAGCUCCGCAGGCGGUCACAGCAAAGCUUUUAGAAGAGUUCAAGGUUUCUAGUGUCGUCGUUCUGGAUCCAGAGGAACCAGCAUCUGCCAGUGGAACAUCAACUACACCAUCGACUGGAGGUGGAAGUUCCUCUUUCGUUAUUAGAAGUCAACUGGAAGUAGAAGAAGAUGGAGGCUCCGUAGUGCUAGCGGAGCAUUUGGCAAAAGUUCCCAAGGAGAGACUGCACAGACUUCAACCACGUCGAGGAAGCUUGAAUAAGCAAGUGAUUCUGCGGCGCAUGUUCUUGAACCACAAAGCUUUUCAAGAAAAAUUUGAAAGCAAGAUAAAAAAAGAAUUGGAAUACUAAAUUGCUAUCUUCAUUGAUACAACCAGUUGUACAUUUCAUUAAUGGGAAAAAGUAACCUUAUCUUCGUGCCUACCACGCCGGCUAGCACUACCACUAGACUUCGAUCACACUACCAAGACACAUCACAUGUAGAAUCAAGCUCAUGGUCAUGUUUGAAUCAUGGGUAUGGGUUCGCGUCUAUUUUGUGGCUGUUUUUUUGUUGUACAUUCUUUCAAGGAUCAUUUGGAAACACGAGUAGAU